GCACUGCCGUGCAAUCGAUCACCUUCAUGCUGUGCACCAAAGGCAACCCGGCGAAACCACUGUCGAGCAAGGUCUGCGGAGCCGAUUCCAGCUUCAUGUCGGUAAUAAAAUACAUGGACUACACUGUGCAUAACUACUCAGCGGCUACAUUCACGGUGCACAGUAACGAUACGUACGUAAUGUACUUCCUCCAUAAAUCGCCCCUGCUGCGGUAUGUCUACCUUCAGCACAAUGUAAAUGUGUCCUUGCUGCACAUCGAGCACUGCUCCCUGACCGGUGUGCCGAGAACGAUCCGGAACGUCCCAAACCUGCUCCGACUCGCCAUCAAGUCCUGUCGCAUACGGCACCUGGAUCUGAACGAUUUUGCGGAUCUUCACUCGUUGUAUUCGGUCGACCUGACAAACAACCGGAUAGUGACUAUCACGGAGCUGCUGCCGGCUUCCGAUCUCGUGCUACCCAUCAAUAGACUGUACCUAGCCAACAACUCACUGACCCAGCUGAACGUGCGUGCUUUGGGUGCGCUGACGGAUCUUCAUUGUCUGGUGCUGGAGGGCAAUCGCAUCGAGGAAGUGAACUCCCCGAUAGCACUGCCGAAGCUAGAGGAGCUGUCACUGCGCAACAAUCGUAUCAAGCAGCUUAACUGCACUGGCUGGCAUCUGCCGGCGUUGAAGUAUCUCUUCUGCAGUGACAAUCGGCUCUCCAUCGCCCCGAUCGAAUGGCAAUCGAUGUGGCGCAUCGAGGUGCUCGAUCUGUCCUUCAAUCUGCUGCACAGCUUCCGCAUGGACGAUAUCUAUCUUACGCAACUGUAUGCGCUCAACCUGGCGGGCAACCAGCUGACGAGCGUAACGACCCCCCAGAUGCAUUUUCGCGUCCCGCUCUCCAGGCUUUGGUUGGCUCAGAAUCGGCUGAACGUGCUGGACAUUUCCCGCUGGGACAUGCCGAACCUUUGGGAGCUGGACGUGGCCCACAACCGGCUGACCGAGCUGGCCGACGUGUUUGUACGGUUUCCCAACCUUGCGCCAAUGAUGAUACUGCGCAACAACCAGUGGUCCUGCGAAUGGUUGGCGCGCGUACAUCCAACCGAUCUGCGGCGCAAGAACUAUGGUUGCCUAAGCACGAACGAAACGUGUCCGGCGGGUAAGCUGACGGUUGCGGACGGCUGCUGGAUUUGUUGCUGGUGA